UAGGGUUUAACAAAGAGAAAUUUUAGGCCUUUCUUCUUCGAAAAAAGGGAAAUCGAAUUAGCUUGCCGGAGUUCAGAAAAAUGUCGAGACCGGAACUCCUAGCACCGCCGGAAAUUUUCUACAACGACGAUGAAGCUAGAAAAUAUACCUCAUCUUCUCGAAUUAUUGACAUACAGACACAACUUACAGAGAGAGCAUUGGAGCUCCUUGCUUUACCUGAUGACGGCGUCCCGAGAUUACUUCUUGAUAUUGGUUGCGGAUCAGGUCUAAGUGGGGAGACACUCACUGAGCAGGGACACCAGUGGCUUGGUUUGGAUAUAUCAGAAUCAAUGCUUGAUGUUGCAUUGGAGCGUGAGGUUGAGGGUGAUUUGAUGCUGGGUGACAUGGGUCAGGGCUUAGGGCUUCGAUCUGGUAUUCUGGAUGGUGCCAUCAGUAUCUCAGCUGUGCAGUGGUUGUGCAAUGCUGACAAAUCUUGUCAUGAACCUCGGAUAAGAUUGAAGGCUUUCUUUAGUUCCCUGUACAGAUGUUUGGGAAGGGGAGCAAGAGCAGUACUCCAGAUCUAUCCUGAAAAUCUUGCUCAGAGAGAGCUAAUUCUGGGUUUUGCCAUGCGAGCUGGAUUUUCUGGAGGCAUAGUUGUUGACUACCCACACAGUUCUAAAAGGAGGAAGGAAUACUUAGUUCUUACUUGUGGUCCGCCGUCUCUCAGUACCACUACUCCUGAAGGAAAGGGUGAAGAUGGAGAGAGUUGUUCUGAUGAAGAUAGUAGCGAGGAUGAAGAAAACCAGACAGUUUGCAUAUCUGACAGGCGCAGGCCUAGAAAAAAGCAAAAGGUUAACAAGAAAGGCAAAGGGAGGGACUGGGUUCUGAGGAAGAAAGAACAGAUGAGGAAAAAGGGGAAUGCAGUUCCUGCAGAUAGCAAAUACACUGCACGUAAAAGAAAAGAUCGGUUUUGAUCCAUUAGUAAGAUAUAUUCGGGUUGAUUUAUAUGUUUUCAACAGAACUUCAGCACAAGGAGCUAAAAUUAUUGCUUAUUGACCGAAGUGAGAAGCAAAAAUAUUCUGAUUAAAGACGUUCCUCAGAUUGUUUAAAGAUUCCGGGACAGUUUUGUGAGACCUGAAUAUAAUUUUUCAGCUGAGUUCAAGAGUAAACAAGAUGGUCUAUAGUCUCUUGGUUCUUUACAUAUGAUUUUUUUUUAAUUGGAGGUUGUUUUUCGAUAGAUCACGUUGUGUAUUUAACCCCCUUCUGGAGUUUAUCACUGGUUGAGUACUUAUUUUCUUAUGCA